AUGUCCAAUGUUUCACAAAUUCCAUCACCCAAUGUUCUCAUUGAAGGUAAAUACAUUACUCUCCAACCGUGUAAUCCUUCUCAAGACGCUCCCGAACUCUACGAAAUGAGUCAUGGCUCUCCUGAGAAGGAAAGUAUUUGGGAAUAUUUAUAUAUGGGUGGUUCCAAAGUGCCAUUUCACAGUGUUCAGGAUUUUCAACAAUUCAUGGAGAAGCGUGUCGAAAGAUGGUUUCUCGAGGAAUACCGAAUGGUAUAG